AUGGUAGUUCCGAAACCAGAGCGAAGGGGUCGAAGGGACGACAAUUACAUAAAUAUCCAUUCGGAUGUUAACCCUGUCGAAGAACACACCCCGAAGACUCGAGCAGAAGGCGGUUCGCGAGAUUGUUUCGUGUGUCAGGGAGAAUGCAGUAGCCUGGAAACGUGUCACGAGUUUCUCAACAUGAACAUCGGUUCACGGUGGGCGAUUGUCAAAGAUUGGAGACUAUGUAGGAAGUGUCUACGGAAGCAUUUCGGGGCCUGCCAUAUUAGAGCUCCAUGCGGCAAGAACGGUUGUUCGUUUAUGCACAACAAAUUACUGCACGACGACCAUAGAUAUAACGAUCAAGCGGUAGAACCAUCGACGUCCUCGGGUGGACGCACGACAACGCAGAAUUGCCAUAUCCAUUCCAGUAUGGUUGGAAAUAUUCUGUUUCGGUACGCACCCGUGACUCUUUAUGGUAAAGGACGAACGAUUAAGACUUUCGCCUUUCUCGACGACGGUUCGUCAGCUACCUUUAUGGAGCACAGCUUGAUGAAGGAACUGAAUCUUACAGGAACAUCGCAUCCACUGUGUCUGAAUUGGACCGGGGGUCAACAAAGGGAAGAAAACGAGUCGAUGAAGCUGAGAGUGAAGAUUUCUGGCAAUUGCGACGUUAGUGAAGUAUACGAGUUACCGAAGGUCCACACAGUUCGAAGCCUGGCGCUCCCAAAGCAGUCCUUGUCAGUAGUUCAGUUAGUAGCUAAAUACCCCUACCUAAAAGGACUACCGCUUGAGUCCUAUAGUAACGUGUCACCAAGACUGUUAAUAGGUAUGGAUAACUGUCGCCUUGGCCGUACGAUCAGAAGCGCUGAAGGAACCGAUGAUGAACCAGUAGCAUCCAAGACCCGCCUGGGUUGGAUCGUGUACGUGCCCUGCUCGAUGACAUCUAGACCAUUGAAAGCAGGCUUCAGUGGUGUCCAUAGUUUCCACAUCUGUCAGUGUAAUAAAGAAGUAGAUAAAGAGCUGAAUGUGGCUUUGAAAGAGUAUUUUAUGGUAGAUUCAUUGGGGAUUACGGGGUCGUCUAAACAAAUCCUAUCCAAGGACGAAGAACGUGCGCUAAAAAUUCUCUCAGAUGAGACCCGUUUAAAGGGAAAUCGUUAUGAGACAGGUCUAUUAUGGCGGUACGAUCAGGUGCGGUUGCCCGACAACAAAGCAAUGGCGUUGAAGCGCAAUGCUUGUCUAGAGAAAAGAUUGAGGCGGGAGCCAGCGUUAGCCACGGAAAUGGCCACUAAAAUGUCUGAAUAUGUGACAAAAGGUUACAUCCGGCGACUUACACCUGCCGAGAAAACGAAAAGGCUUCCGAACGACUGGUAUUUACCAAUAUUCCCGAUUGUUAACCCAAAUAAACCGGGGAAAAUGCGGAUCGUAUUUGACGCGGCCGCGAAAGUGAAUGGAGUUUCCCUGAAUUCUUUUCUGCUCACGGGUCCAGAUCAACUGGUAUCGUUGCUCGCAGUUCUCCAUAAGUUUCGUGAAUUUCGUAUCGCGGUUGUCGGAGAUAUUCGCGAAAUGUUCUUCCAAGUGAUGAUGAAACCGCAAGACCAGCGUAGUCAGAUGAUCCUAUGGAGAGGUGAACGUCCCAUUGAAGAUCCGGACGUGUAUGUGGUGACCGUCAUGACGUUUGGUGCAGCAUGUUCCCCGAGUAGUGCCCACUUCAUUAAAAACCAGAACGCCGAAAGAUUUGCGGAUCAGUAUCCCCGGGCGGUCGACUGUAUUAAAUACGAACAUUACGUCGAUGAUAUGUUAGCCAGUGUGGAGACUGAAGAGGAGGCAUUGAAGCUGGCCAAAGAAGUGCGCUUCGUGCAUUCUCAAGGAGGAUUCGAGAUCCGAAAUUGGUUAUCGAAUUCACCCAAGGUUACAGAGUGUAUCGGAGAAAGAACGGAGAAGAAUUUGAACAUAGAGAUGGCGACAGAGAAGGUUCUGGGAAUGUGGUGGAAUACGGCAACUGAUGCGUUCACAUUUAGAAUCUCAUCAAAGCACGAUGCAGAUCUGUUGUCAGGAGCAAGAAUGCCCACGAAACGAGAGGUAUUGAGAACGUUGAUGGCGGUGUAUGAUCCCAUGGGGCUCAUCGCCAAUUACUUGAUGUAUCUAAAAAUCCUUUUGCAAGAAAUCUGGCGUAGUGGUUGUGAUUGGGAUGAACAAAUUUCUGGAAAACAUGCCGAAAAAUGGAGAGUUUGGAUCGAAGUUCUCCCUGAAGUCCGGAAAGUGAGCGUUCCUCGAUGUUAUCGCCAGAUAACGUCUUCUGAUGCUUCCACGGAGGUGCAGCUGCACAUAUUCUGCGAUGCAAGCGAAAGCGGGGUAGCUGCUGUGGCAUACUUCAGAUUCCAACAAAAUGAAACGAUAGAGUGUGCAAUGGUUGGAUCAAAAACCCGUGUAGCCCUUCUGAAAUUUCUUUCGAUCCCUCGGUUGGAAUUGCAAGCUGCAGUCAUCGGAGCGCGCAUGGCAGAUGGGAUCACACGGUCGCAUAGAAUAAAGAUCUCACGCCGCGUUUUCUGGACUGAUUCCCGUGAUGUGGUAUGCUGGUUACGAUCUGAUCACCGACGUUAUCACCAAUUUGUAGCGUUCAGGAUCAGUGAAUUGCUCGAGACAACAGUAGUAGAUGAGUGGAGAUGGCUUCCUACAAGAGCGAACGUGGCUGAUGAAGGGACAAAGUGGCAAAGGUUGCCCGACCUACAACCCACAAGUCGCUGGUUUCAUGGACCGACCUUUUUGUGGAAGCCCGACAGUGAAUGGCCAGGCGAUUCUGGUGAACUAGGAACGACUGCAGAAGAGAUACGUUCUAGCGUUUUCCAUCACCAUAUCAUUUCACCAUUGAUGUGUUUCGAACGUUUCUCCAAAUGGAAGCGACUGUUAAGAACUGUUGCAUAUGUGUAUAGAUUCAUUACAAAUCUCCGGAAGAGUGUCAAUCGCAUGCCAUCUAAACAAAGACCUCUCGAGCAAAAGGAAUUAGAUCGUGCAGAGCAGAUUAUAUAUUCUCAAACCCAAAGACAAGUCUACUCUGACGAAUUCGAAAUACUGAAUAACAUCGCUCCAGGAACACAGCCAUGGGAGCGUAUUUUACCGAAGUCCAGUUCAUUGUACACCUUGUGUCCGACUAUCGACAAUUUUGGAGUUCUCCGAAUGCAGGGACGUAUUGCAGCUUGUGAAUGGGUAGAUGAAUCCGUUAAGCAUCCGAUCAUUCUCCCAAGACGGAAUCAUGUGACCGAUUUAGUGAUCGCACAUUAUCACGACGCGUACCGUCAUCUAAAUCAUCAGACCGUGAUGAAUGAGAUACGGCUCAAAUACCACAUUCCGCGGCUCAGAUCGGAGUAUAACCGCGUUCGAAAAAAUUGCCAGCAUUGCAAAAUCCGACAUGCGAUUCCGAAACCCCCUGCUAUGGGAAACCUUCCACUUGCACGCUUGGCGGCAUUUCAACGACCAUUUUCAUACACCGGAAUUGAUUAUUUUGGGCCAAUAAUGGUUGUAGUGGGGAGACAUGUAGAGAAAAGAUGGGGAGCUCUGGGGACAAGAGGUAUCCACAUCGAGAUCGCACACACACUAACCACGGAUUCUUGCAUUCUGGCACUGAGAAAUUUCAUCGCAAGAAGAGGUGCUCCACUCGAAAUUAUCAGCGAUAAUGGAACAAAUAUCGUCGGUGCCUCAAAAGAAUUACGGGAAGCUCUGAAACAGGUAGACAUGUGUAGACUUAUGACGGAGAUCGUCCAGCCAAACACGAAGUGGAUAUUCAACCCACCGGCCGCUCCACACUUCGGAGGCUGUUGGGAGCGACUAGUGCAAUCCGUAAAAAGAAUAUUAAAUGAGUUCAACCCACCACGAUUACCAACCGACGAGAUAUUGCGGUCAAUGCUGAUGGAAAUCGAAAUGAUCAUCAAUUCAAGACCGCUCACUCACGUACCACUAGAUACUGAUACUGAGUCACCAUUGACACCCAACCAUUUCCUAUUGGGUUGCUCAAACGGAAGUAAGCCCCCGAUCGCAUUUGAUGACAAAGCCACCGUCCUGAAGCAAUCAUGGAAGAUGUCGCAACAGUACGCCGACAUGUUUUGGAGGAAGUGGGUGAAGGAUUACUUGCCGACUUUAACACGAAGGACGAAGUGGUUCCAAUCAACGAAACCAAUUGAAGAAGGAGAUCUUGUUGUUGUGGUAGAUAACAAUCAGGUUCGUCGAGUUACAGUGCAAACUAUGCACGGCCUUUUGGAAAGACCGGCGGUCAUGAUCGCUGUACUGGACGUGAGUUCUAAGGAGAGUAAGCCGCUUCAGCACCAGCGUCGUACUGGGGGGGAGUGUCACACCCCUGCGAAGUGUGGCUAA